AUGUUUUUAGCUAAAAGGAUAGCAAGACUUACUCUCAAGCGUAUGUAUCAAGCUGACUAUGUUGUGAUGCCACGCUACGAAGGACAUUGGAAAGAUCCUGAAGAAGUGACUAAAAGACUCAUAAAUAUCGUCAGAGCUCAUGAUAGAAUCACUGAUCCAUCAACUGUGACGCCUGAUGUCCCAUUUUCUCAAUUGGGUUUAGAUGAUUUGGAUCUUGUGGAAAUAUUCCUUGAAGUUGAAAAGGAUUUCUUUAUGGAAUUUGGAGAUGAGCAGGUAGAACGCUUCAAAUCUAUCAAUGAUGCUGUCGAAGUUAUAUCCAAUUACAGGUAUGUGGAUUCUUAUUAA